AUACCUUGCGGGAAGAAGCUUGGGCAACGGAUUUUGAUCGCCUGACUCAUACUCAGGCUGGUGCCUGUUCUCUCACUGAACGCUGGGUUUUGAAAGCGAUUGAAAGGCGAGAUAAACAUCUUUAACUAACAGGGAUACAGUGUGCGUUAUUUGUUUGUAGUGUUGGUGUUCAGACUCGGAGUUACAGCAUGGUGAACGGCAUUAAUAAGGUUCUCCCAGAUUUGUACUUAGGGACGUUUAACGAUACAAAAGAUACAGAUCAGUUAGCCAAGAGCAACAUUAAAUACAUCCUGUCUAUUCAUGAGGAAGCUCCUCCUCGCAUAACGGGGAUGACCCAUCUCCACCUUUCAGUACCGGACACAUCCACAUAUAAAAUAACUCAGCACUUUAAACAGAGUAUAAUGUUCAUGCACGAGUCUCGGCUGGAAGGAGCAGGCUGCCUCGUUCACUGUUUGGGAGGAAAGUCUCGCAGUGUCACCCUGGUGGUAGCUUACAUCAUGACAGUGAUGGGCCUGGGUUGGAAGGACGCCCUCGAUGCUGUCAAAGUGGUGCGGCCGGGUGCCAACCCCAAUUUGGGAUUUCAGACGCAGCUGCAGACGUUUGAGGAUACUCAAGUUGAAGGGUUCAGGGAAUGGUUUCGAAAUGAAUAUGAGGACAACCCCUUCAAUGAUGAGGCUGAUACACCUAAACUACUGGCCAGGGAAAGUCAAUGAAGAGGAGUUGGAAAAGCAUGCAUCUACUUUGUAUGAAGAUAUUUGAACAGGGCUGAUGACACCCUGAAGACUUUUGCACCUGAGUGGAAGUCGAACAAGCUCUGAAAUGCUUUAUUCUGUGAAUCUUUCUCACACAUUCAAUGACCAUGGACAUUUAUUAUGGGAAAUAUACUUCUUACAUGCCUUGCAUCUACCUUUUUAGCAUUUAUUGAAUAAAAUGUGUCUAAGAUGUUUUCUUUCUUUACUUGCAAACAUUUUUUUUCAUUGUGACUGUAUGAUCUUAAUUUGAUAAAUAAAAGAUGUAAAGCCAA